AUGGUGAAUUCCUUCCAGAGACUCGCCAUUACUCGAAGUAUAUCAUCCGCUCCCUAUCUACGGAAACACUUGGUCUGUUCCAGACAGCCUACCAUAUCUACUUCCUCCCGCAAUCACCUAUCCACCAGUCCACCAGCAUUCCGUAAGGAAUUCUUUCAAAAUACAUCACGACGAUGGAUAUUCAACGAGACCAACCGUUUAAACGAACGAUACGUCAAGUUUCGACCAACAGAGCUCCAACGGAUCGCUAGCGAAGCAGUACAACAAAACUAUUGCCCUUACAUUACUAAGUUUACAGAGGGAGGCUUCAAUAAAGUGUUUCUUCUGCGAGCAAAAAAUGGCCGUGAAGUGAUCGCGCGAAUUCCGACUCCCAUUGCCGGGCCUCCUCAUUAUACAACCGCCAGUAAGGUAGCUACCAUGAACUUUUUGCGAUCUAUCCUCAAACUUCCGGUACCGGAGGUCUUGGCCUAUUCAGCAUCAUCGGACAAUCCCAUCGGAGCAGAAUAUAUUUUGAUGGAGCGAGUGAAGGGAGAGAGUCUUUCUUCACGGUGGUUAUCUCUCACUACCGACGAGACGAAAGAUAUCAUGACCCAAAUCGCAGAUAUAGAGAGGAAGAUUUUUGAUUUCCAUUUUCCUACGUAUGGAAGCUUAUAUCACAAGAAGGACCUUAACGGGGAAACCCAGGUACCGAUCGUGGAGGAUUUCUAUAUCGGCCCUAUGUCUGCUCGGCAGUUUUGGCAUGGGCUUUCACCUAAGGACUGCGUUACGUCCGCGGCUCGCCGAGAGAUGGCUGUCAUUCAGCACCACGCCAAAGCUCAGCCCCGCCAAACUUUUCUUUUACCGACUAACCAGGACAUUCUUCCCUCUAAGCACACCUCGUUACUUUCGCGAUUCCUACAAUUAGCGCCUCAUAUAAUCCGGCCGGGUUCUUACAGCGUUCCGACGCUAAGACACCCCGAUUUGAGUCUAAGCAACAUUUUGUUGGCACCUAGAUCAACCAAAAUCAUCAGUAUCAUCGAUUAG